UUACUGUUUGUACCGUUGAAUUUUAAAAUUAAAUAAAUUUCCAAAAAUGGGAAUCGUGUAUUUCCGUGCGAGUUCGUUGACCAAUCGGCCUUCAUCCAUCAUCUGACAUCUGUUGAUAAUUCUGUGUAUUUCAUUCCUGUCAACUGUAAGUGCAAAAUACCAUGAAAUUGAGAUUAAAAAAUUCGUAUUGGCCAUUGCCAAUGCGUGAACUGUUUAUCCUGCUGUUGAUUUAAAUUUACAAAUCCUGCAGUGAGUCCUAGCCCCCCCAGCAUCCCAUUUUUUGCAUAAACAAAGGCGAUGUCAUUCGUCAAAUCAGGUGAUUUUUUUGCAAGAAAUUUAUGACGAGUACGGAGUGUUUUCUACAGUAAACAUGUAAAUAGUGUGGUGACUGUGUAGAACAAUAACACAAUGGGUGCUAAACCGAGUACAGCGAACGGGACGCAGAGCCCCCGCACGAGGGCUUUCUCGACGAGCAGCAGUUCGGAGGUCGUCACCGCUCCGGGGUUCCGCUUCAUGAGGUCCUUGGGGAUGGACAUGUCCAGCGAUCGGCAGAGGGCCCGCUCGUUGUCAAGCGUUCCCGAUUUACAUACUAGUCAUGAAACUAUUGCCAUACCGGCGACGGGUGCCAGCUUCGACGUCUCCACGGGGGCCAGCCCCGAGACGGACAGCAGCUCGGCGGAGGACACGGCGGGGGCUCUGGCUUCCGCCGCCUCCAGCAUCGCCCUGGGACGGGUCUACGCUGCACAUUCGCUACCUUCGCAUAUUUGGUCGCUAAAUGAAUGCAUCACAAUCGACACAAUGGGCCAAAAUAUCUCUUCGCCACAGCCGAAUAUAUCCUCGGUGGCACACAAGGACAAAGGGAUCAAAUGCCCAGUUUGCAGCAAGUUUGUUAUUCCUGAUGACAUUGAAUGUCACCUAGUCAUGUGCCUCACUAAACCACGGCUUUCCUACAACGAAGACAUUUUGACUGACGAUAAAGGAGAGUGUGUGAUAUGCCUAGAAGAAUUAAACCAAGGAGAUGUAAUAGCUCGUCUUCCUUGCCUCUGUAUAUAUCAUAAGAUGUGCAUAGAUCGGUGGUUCGAAGUAAACCGGUCGUGUCCUGAACACCCAGGCGAUUAGCAAAGUACCGAAGUCAGCUAGGGUUGUAUAUAUAUGUAAAUAAAUUGCUGAAGUGAAUUGUGAGGAACAAUCUUAAUUAAUGCAGUAGCUACAGUACACUAUAGCGGUCUUCAGACGAAGAUUCAACAAUAGUUACCUAUUCUAUUUAGUUAAAUACCACACUUUUAUUACGUUCGGGUCAUUUUUACGACUUUCUACAUUGGAUUUUAUAUCAUUAUCAUUACCAAGGCAUUAGACAAUUAACAUUGUUAUACGAGUAGUGUUACAUAUCAGUUCGUUUUUAAUACAAAAUGUAAGACACAAGAAACGUUUUUUUGAUUGAAAAAAGUGGCAGCUCAAGAGAAUUUAUUUUUGAUACCUUCAUACGACAACUACUAGUUUCUAAUUUAUCAAAUUGGUUAAUUGUGAAACUUGUCACAUGAUAUUUGUUUUAAUGUAUUCCGAAUAUAGUAAGAUAAAACAUUCAUAAAUACGCUUUAUAUUAUACUGUAAGGCUCAAUUUAAGCCGAUGUUACAAUUUGUUUCAAAUUUAAGCAUUUUUAGAUAAUUGAUUUGAUCUGAAGUGGGCCAACGCUAAAAACCGUAAUUACGGUCCAUGGUUACGUAAAAUGGAGGAAAAGUCGCUCUUUAUUUUAUAUUUUUAACUACUGGUACGCGCUUUAAUUUCUGUUGUGUUAAUUAAAUUUUUUUCAUGGUUACGUUUUUGUAUAGCAGCGUUUCAAUAAAUAUAAUGAAAUUGUUACGUUUUAUACGUUUUGUUGACUUACCGUUGCUUGUAUAUCAUAAUGAAACAUUAAAACUGUUAAAUGUGUAAAUUGAAUGCGUUCUUUUAAUAAAAAUAAACAAAAGCCUUGGUCAUGUUAGUUCAGUACCAAAACAGACCGGUAGUGAUACAAACAACCUAUUUUUUAUUCUAGCUAACGUGAAUGUGAAAUCAACCAAAGACUUUUUGUUAAAGUGAUUUAAUAUAAGGUGCUAUAAGUAAGCAAAAUAAUAAAUUAUGUUACCUAUAUGAGUAAAUAUGUAUGUGGAAUUUAAUGGUCUGGGAUUAAUUUCAAUGUUAUUUUAAUUACUCGCUCGAUUAAAAAGUGCCAUAAUUUAAAAACAGAUUUAUUUCUUUUUUUUUUCGAUUUAAUUCCAUUAUGUCCAGACCGGUGAGCAGCAUCUGACGAGUGUGACUGAAACGUGGUGAUUCGUAUUUUGUAAUCAUUUUAGUUAUUAAUCUUUUAUUUAGGUUAUUGUAAAAAAUAAUAAUUAAGAUGUAGCCUUGUAGUGAUAAAUAAUAAAUGCCAUUUUCACAAUAAA